UGUGGUGGUGGUGUGGUGUGGUAGUUGUUAAAAGAUUUGUCUGUCACCGGGAUUUGUUUUAUUUUACACAAGUUACAAAGUUUACAAGUUACAUUUUUUCAUUCCAUCACGAUUCUAUAUCAUCUCAUAUGACUUCGAAUUUCGCAACUAACAAGUUUGGACGAUAAAGUUUGGACAUUUCAUCAUAAUAGCACCUUAACGGUUUCUCCAAUAUCAUUGUACGCUAUCAAGUCAGUCGUCUCUUCAGACUUUGAAGUUUUGAACUAGGCAUAAUAAGUUAAAUAACGUUCAGUAGUAGGCUAGUAAUCAAAGUUACCUAGCCUAUUUUAUUUGUCAUUUCAACUCAUGCCGAAGCUUGACAUGGAUUAAUCUCACAUCUACACUUAAUAAUGUAUCUGAUGUUUCCAGUUAACAUAUUGAAGUCAAGCAAUUUAGUUACAGGUUGCUGCAAAUGUAAAUUAACAAUGGAACGCAACAAAAAAUUGGGAUGUCUUGUUCUGAACCAUCUCCAUUACAGUACUACUGUGCCAAAAAAUAUCCUUCCUCCAAUUUACAUUUUGAAUAUAUCGACACAGCAUCAAAAUGCUCCCUUCAGGACAUGCCUUGCCAGUAAACCAGAGGUAUAUGUCAGAUUUAGUCAUCAUCAAUAUAUUAGGACUUUUCAAACUACCAGCCAUUUGUUUGGGGAACCCAAUAGACCCUCAUCAAAAAUUGAAGAAACAACUGAAGCAAUUAAAGAGAAAGCCAAAGAGGUAUUAACAGAAAAGAAAUCAGAUGUAGCUAGUGCUGUACCUUCUGUAAAUAAAGAAACAGUCAUUGUGAAGAAGUCCAUUGGUCAAAAAAUAAUGGACGAGGUUCGUCAUUAUUACCAUGGAUUCAAACUACUCUUUAUUGACAUCAAAGUCUCAUCCAUUCUUGUAUGGAAGGUUCUGAACGGAGGUACAUUGUCAAGGAGAGAAUACAAUCUGCUGAUAAGGACUGUUGGAGACAUGUUCAGAUUAGUUCCAUUCUCAAUAUUUAUCAUUGUCCCAUUCAUGGAACUGCUUUUGCCAAUUUUUAUCAAGUUUUUCCCUGGCAUGCUCCCUUCUACAUUCCAGACGUCUACUGAAAAGGAAGAUAAAAUGAAGCAGUCACUAAAAGUGAAGCUGGAGAUGGCCAAGUUCUUACAGCAGACUCUGGAUGAAAUGGCUGUUACUAGCAAAGGUCAUAGUUCCAAAGCUGCCAAAGACUUUGUGGAAUUCUUCCAUAAGGUGAGAACUGAAGGAGGAGGACUUGCGAGCAAUGAGGAAAUUUUGAAGUUUUCUAAGCUUUUUGAGGAUGAAAUAACAUUAGAUUCACUAACAAGAUCUCAGCUGAUGGCAUUAUGCAGGGUACUUGAACUUCAACCAUUUGGUACAACGAAUUUGCUCCGCUUCCAACUGCGAAUGAAGCUUAGAAGUCUUGCUGCAGACGAUGUUAGGAUAAAGGAUGAGGGGGUGGAGUCACUGACACAGGUAGAGCUACAAGCUGCGUGUCGCGCGAGAGGUAUGCGCGCACUUGGUAUGUCGGAAGAGAGACUGCGUGCACAGCUGUCACAAUGGCUGGACCUCAGUCUCAAUGAGAAAGUGCCUCCGUCACUGUUGCUGCUGUCACGAGCGUUCCUGCUCCCAGAGACAAUCACUACGACGGAGAAACUGGUGGCCACCAUAUCUGCGCUACCUGACACUGUUGCUACCAAAACAAAAGCAGCUAUUGGAGAACGAGAAGGAAAAAUUGAUAACAAGGCUCAGUUGGAUUUGAUUCAAGAAGAAGUUGCCAAGAUACAAGAAGAGAAGAAGGAACUGGAAGAGGAAACCAAGGUGGCUGAAAAAGUAGAAGUUUUGGUUGACAAAGCACCAAUUUUGGCUGACAAAGCAACAGUACUAGCAGAUAAACCGAAAGAAGAAAAGGAUUUAUCUGCUAAAGAUAUCGGUGAAACUUUAGAAGAUGCUUUAGAUGCUGUAGGUAAGGGAAAAAAGAAGAUGAUAAUAGAAAAAGAAGAGCUUGACGACUUAAAGGAAGAAAUGAAAGAUUACCAAGAGGAUGUACAGAAUUUGAAGGAGGUAUCAGAGUUGGCGAAACAGUCUGAUGAAGGUUUAGAGGUGAAGGAGUCCAAGGCUGCUAAGAGACUGUCCAAGACUGUUAACAAGAUGAUCUCUAAAAUGGACGCUGCUCUUGCUGAGCUGGAGAAGAAAGAGAAAGCAAAAAAAGAAAGUUUACGAAAAGAAGUCACAAAUGAAGAAUCGACUACUCCUACUGACGAGUUGCUGCAGGUGGAUGAACUAAUUCAGGCACUACAGGAGUUACAGAAUGUCUCUGAUAGUUCUCGUAAACAGACCAUCAUUGAAGUUUUGGCUAAAAUUGACAUUGAUAAGGAUGGAGUUAUCAAAGUUGAUGAUCUGCUCAAGGUUGUGGAGGUUAUAGGGAGAGAAAAUAUUAAACUGAACCAGAAGCAAAUUGAUGACGUAAUUGAGUUGAUAAAGAAAGAAGAGAAGAUUGAAAAGAAGGAAGAAAAUAAGAAUGGAGAGCCAAAAAAUGGAGGCAAUGAGGUUUCCGAUCCUACAGCCAGCAAAAAUGUUGGGAAAAAAGUUGAAAAUUCAAAUCAAAAGGAUACCAAACAAGCAAAUGAAAGUAUUCAAAAACUAACUGUUGUUGAAGAUUUUAUUCUUUCUACGGGAAAAGAAACAAAGGAUAAAAAGUUUGACAUCCCCCUCCCUCCAACACCAGAGGAAGUCAUUCCACCAUCAUCACUGGUAUCCAGGGAGGCUGUCAAGGGAACACCUAAAGCGGCAGAUGCCAAGGAUUCACUUAAAAAAUCAUGAUUUAACGUAGAAUGAUUAUUUAAGUAUUAUUUGUUGUAAAUGCAUUGUUUAACAUACAAAAUAGAGUUUCAAAGCUACAGUGCUGGUUUUUUGCUACCUCUUAAAACAAGCUAUGUAAUUUAGAGAACAAGUAUUUCUCCAACGGAUGAAAAAAUAUGCUUCUGUUUCCAUUGGUACAUAAAAUUUUUUCACUAAAAAAUUAACUGGUAAUAAUAGUCAAAACAAAAUUCUGUAAAGUACUUCAACAUCAUCAAGUGGUAAGCUUUGAGGAAAUAUGUUGGAGGAACAAAACUUUAAUAGCAUAAUACAUAAUUCACAAAGUUAUUUAAAUGUAUAUAUAAUGAUACUUGGUGCAUUAUUAUUAAGAUUGCAAUGUGAUAAUUUUUAUACUAGUGCUGAGACUUUUUGUGAAUAGGUGUAACUAUUUGUUUUUGUUAUAUACAUGUUCUUGAAGCCCGUAAUAUAUUUUAUUUUAACUGUUUGAUUAAAGUAGUUAAAACUU